AUGGCUACUCCCACAGUGAUCAAAAUCCUAGGUCGGGACAGUAUAGUUGCCGAUCCUGGCAUUUGGAAACGCCAUGUCGCGCAAGAUUUAUUGACAAAUUGCCCUUCUUCGACCUAUAUCCUCAUCUCCGAUACUACUUUGACUCCUCUAUACGUUCCAAGCUUUCAGCAAGCGUUUGAAGCUGCAGCCUCGAGCGUGACGCCAAAGCCACGGCUUCUCACUUAUGCGAUCCCUCCCGGAGAAGUUUCCAAGUCUCGUCAGACAAAAGCAGAGAUCGAAGACUGGAUGCUAAGUCGCCAGCCACCAUGUGGUCGCGAUACCGUGAUAAUUGCUCUUGGUGGUGGUGUUAUCGGGGAUCUCAUCGGCUAUGUUUCUGCAACCUACAUGCGUGGAGUCCGUUUUGUACAAGUGCCGACGACAUUGCUAGCGAUGGUUGACUCUUCGAUUGGUGGAAAGACCGCGAUUGACACCACUCAUGGGAAGAACUUAAUUGGUGCCAUCUGGCAGCCAGAAAAAAUCUACCUAGAUAUGGAAUUUUUGAACACUUUACCCGAAAGAGAGUUUAUAAAUGGAAUGGCUGAAACUGCGGCUAUAUCAAGUGAAGAAGACUUUGCUGCGUUGGAACGGAAUGCAGAUGCUAUUCUCGCCGCCGUGAAAUCCGAAAAUACAACUGAGCGUCCCCGAUUCAGUGGGAUUCAAGAGAUAUUGAAACUAACAAUUUUAGCAUCCGCAAGGUUCAAGGCCGACGUCGUUUCGAAAGACGAAAGGGAAGGCGGACUACGAAAUCUUCUAAACUUUGGUCAUUCCAUUGGACAUGCUAUUGAAGGCAUACUUGCCCCACAGAUCCUUCAUGGAGAAUGUGUGGCAAUAGGCAUGGUUAAAGAAGCGGAAUUGGCGCGACAUCUCGGGAUUCUCAAAAGUGUUGCGGUGUCUCGCCUCGUUAAAUGUUUGGCAAGUUACGGGCUGCCAACAUCCCUGAAGGACUCACGGGUAAGGCGGCUAAGUGCUGGGAAACAUUGCAGUGUUGAGCAACUCCUUGCAUUCAUGGCUGUCGACAAGAAGAAUGCUGGACCCAUGAAAAAAGUCGUUCUCCUCUCCUCUAUUGGCAGCACCCAUGAGCAGAAGGCAAGCGUGGUAUCUAAUAAAGAUAUCAAAAUCGUGCUAGCACCGAGCAUCGAAGUCUCUCCUGGCGUGCCCCACGCACUAGAAAUCACAUGCGUCCCUCCAGGCUCAAAAAGCAUCUCUAAUCGGGCUCUAGUUCUUGCCGCCCUUGGCUCUGGUACCUGUCGUAUCAAGAAUCUUCUUCAUUCAGAUGAUACAGAGGUUAUGCUUAGUGCUCUCGAACGCUUGGGGGCUGCAACAUUUUCGUGGGAGGAAGAAGGCGAAGUUCUUGUCGUUCACGGCAAAGGAGGUAGAUUGCAAGCAAGUCCGGAUGCUCUUUACUUGGGAAAUGCUGGAACGGCCUCAAGGUUCCUCACAACUGUUGCAACUCUCGCCAACAAAAGCACCGUUGACUCCACCAUCCUUACAGGAAACGCACGAAUGAAGCAACGACCAAUUGGUGCCCUUGUUGAUUCUCUGAGAACUAACGGUGCAGGGAUCAAAUACAUGGAGACCACUGGCUGCCUUCCCCUAAAGAUUGAUGCGUCAGGUGGAUUUGCAGGCGGACAUAUUAGCCUAGCAGCGAAGGUUUCCUCUCAGUAUGUGUCAUCUUUACUCAUGUGCGCCCCGUAUGCGAAGGAGCCCGUAACUUUAAAGCUCGUUGGCGGCAAACCGAUUUCACAGCCCUACAUUGACAUGACAACCGCUAUGAUGCGGUCGUUUGGCAUCGACGUAAAAAAGUCUACUUCGGAAGAACAUACAUAUCAUAUUCCGCAAGGCAGAUACAUGAACCCGACGGAAUACAUCAUCGAGAGCGACGCCAGCUCCGCGACAUACCCUUUGGCCGUCGCUGCAAUCACGGGCACUACCUGUACUAUUCCCAAUAUUGGUUCAAAAUCCUUACAAGGAGAUGCACGGUUCGCGGUGGACGUUUUGAGACCUAUGGGAUGCGAGGUUAAUCAGUCUAGCUUCUCAACCACCGUUACCGGUCCCAGGAACGGAGCAUUAAAUGCAUUGCCGAAUGUCGAUAUGGAACCCAUGACGGACGCUUUCCUAACGGCCUCCGUCCUUGCUGCCGUGGCAACGGCUGGUUCAACCAGUACAACAAGAAUAUUUGGUAUUGCCAACCAACGCGUUAAAGAGUGUAACCGGAUCAAAGCAAUGAAGGAUGAACUGGCAAAAUUUGGGGUAACUUGUCGAGAACAUGAAGACGGCCUCGAGAUUGAUGGCAUCGAUCGUUCCGCGCUAUUGCGGCUGCCGCAUGGAGUCUAUUGCUACGACGAUCACCGGGUAGCUAUGAGCUUUAGCGUUCUCUCCCUUGCAGCAUCCCACCCUACUUUGAUCCUUGAGAAAGAGUGUGUGGGCAAAACUUGGCCUGCUUGGUGGGAUACAUUGGCCCAGCUCUUCAAAGCAAACCUUGAAGGUGUGGAACUAAAAUCUGAAAAGAAAAAGGCAGAGAAACCCGCGGCCUCAUUAUUCAUUAUUGGCAUGAGAGGAGCAGGCAAAACAACAAGCGGCUUAUGGGCAUCGAAGGUUUUGAAACGGCCAUUUAUUGACCUUGACGUGGAGCUUGAAAGCAAACUGGGUAAGAGCAUACCAGAGAUUAUCAAAGAGCAAGGCUGGGAAGGUUUCAGGGCCAAUGAACUUGCUCUCUUGCGGCAAGUAUUAAGCGAAAAGCCAACAGGAUAUGUAUUUGCUUGCGGCGGUGGAAUCGUCGAAACGGAAGAGGCCCGUGAUCUCUUGACACAGUACCAAAAGGCCCAUGGCAACGUUCUUCUAGUUAUGCGAGAUAUCAACGCAGUUAUGGACUUUUUGAAGAUUGACAAGACACGGCCAGCUUACGUUGAAGAUAUGAUGGGCGUGUGGCUGCGUCGAAAGCCUUGGUUCCAACAAUGCAGCAACAUCCAAUAUUACAGCCAGCAGAGCGACCCGAGUAAAAUGGGUUCCGCCUUGGAAAGUUUUUCACGGUUUUUAAGGGUCGUGACCGGAGAAGUGGACCAUCUCGCCCUUAUGAAAAAGAAGCCACAGUCCUUUUUCGUUUCAUUGACUCUCCCAGACCUACGCCCGUCGGUAGACAUAUUAAACGACAUCACACUUGGUUCAGACGCAGUUGAAUUGCGCGUUGACUUGCUCGUGGACCCGUCUUCUAGCAGCGAAAUGCCCUCUGUUGACUACGUUGCUGAGCAGAUUUCCAUUCUCCGCAGUCGUGUGUCUGUUCCGCUCGUGUUUACGAUCCGAACCAAAAGCCAAGGCGGCCGGUUCCCUGAUGACGCACACAACGCUGCUUUGGACUUGUACCGACUUGCUAUUCGCAUGGGUUCAGAGUUUGUUGACCUUGAAGUUACAUUCCCGGAAUACGUCCUACGUGCCGUAACUGAAAUGAAAGGUGUUUCCAAGAUAAUCGCAUCUCACCACGACGUUGCUAACCGACUAUCGUGGAGAAAUGGAUCUUGGACACAGUUUUAUAACAAAGCUUUGCAGUAUGGAGAUAUUAUCAAACUUGUCGGCAUUGCCAGUCAGCUAGACGACAAUAUCGCCCUCAGGGAAUUCAAAAUUUGGGCAAAGAAAGCCCACGAUAUUCCUGUGAUCGCUAUCAAUAUGGGCGAAAGGGGUCGGCUCAGUCGGAUCCUGAACGGCUUCAUGACACCCGUGUCUCACCCAAAACUUCCGUUCAAAGCUGCGCCGGGUCAACUUUCCGCAAAAGAAAUUAGAGAAGGGCUUUCUCUAAUGGGUGAGAUCGAGUCAAAGAAAUUUGCUAUCGUUGGAAAACCAAUAUCUGCGUCGAGAUCCCCUGCAUUGCACAAUGCUUUGUUUGCAGAUGUCGGUUUACCCCAUGUGUACGGCCGUUUGGAAACCGAUGAUGUUCAGAAUGUCAAAGAUUUAAUUCACGCACCCGAUUUUGGGGGCGCCUCUAUCACGAUCCCUCUCAAACUCGACAUCAUGCCGUUGCUAGAUGAAAUUGCGCCUGAGGCUAAAGUCAUUGGAGCCGUGAACACUAUCGUUCCGGCCCCAAGGGAACCAGGCGACGUAAAGAAGGGUCCACGCCUGAUCGGCUACAAUACUGACUGGCAGGGCAUGGUCCAAUGUCUCCGUCACGGCGGAGCAGUCUCUCCGUCAACCUCAAAUGACCCGGCUCCCGGCCUCGUGAUCGGUGGCGGCGGUACCGCUCGUGCCGCCAUUCAUGCUCUUCACAGCAUGGGUUAUUCCCCCAUUUACCUUGUUGGCCGCUCGGAGUCCAAACUGAAUGACAUGGCGUUGUCAUUUCCCGCAACAUAUAAUCUCCAGAUCCUUAAGGACGCAGAAUCACUGGAAAUCCUCCCUUCAGUGGCUAUCGGCACGAUUCCGGGUGACCAACCAAUUGACCCUAGCAUGAGGGAAGUUUUGUGCCGGUUAUUCGAAAUGGCUGCACGUAUUGAUGCCGAACUCAAAGAAUUGGCACCCAAGCGAGUCUUGUUGGAGAUGGCAUAUAAACCCACUGUGACACCGUUGAGUCAGUUAGCUAGUGACUGCGGUUGGGCAACGAUCCCCGGCUUGGAGGCUCUGGUUGGACAAGGAGUGUACCAGUUCCAACUUUGGACUGGAAUCACACCAGUUUUUCGAGACGCAAGAGCCGCAGUUAUGAAUGCUGAUGCUGACAUCUGA